AUGCCUUCCAAUGAACAGACCAGGCUCUUGAGCGGCGAGAAUGCCCAGUACUACCAGCAAGGAUUGAACGAUCGACCCAAUGCAGGCUCUGAGCUGGCCAAAGCAGGUCGCAGUGCUUCCAUUGGUGCCUUGGGUGGAUCUUCCAGUUUGGGUAGCUUUCAUUUCAAGUCAGCUCCCAAUGUGCAAGGAUUGCCCAAGAGCUACAGUGUCAGUGCCGAUGGUUCGCCGAGUUAUUUGACACCAACGCAAAUGGGUCGUCAAGAAUUGUACCAACAAGUGCCCUUUACAGCCGUCUUUGGGUUGCAAAAGAGAGAACGAUUAGUUAGUCAGGCAUUUGCCUCGUAUGCCGCAGAAUUGGAUGUCAAGGACCAAAAGGGUCUCAGCGAUGCCGAAAAAGACAGUCGAAGAAGUCAGGCAUCCUUGAUUAUCUUGGAUGAGUUGGAAUUUGAUGCAAAUGUAGUUACGACACCUCUGGUUUUUGCCAUUAUUGUGGCGGCUGCAUCUCAAUUCUUGGUUGGAUACAACACCGGUGUCAUGAAUGCCCCAGAAAAGGUUGUAUUUCCUGGACAUUCCACAGGAGCAUGGUCUCUCGCUGUUGCAGCUUUUGCUGUCGGUGGACCCUUUGGAGCUUUCGUCGGAGGCAAAAUGGCGGACAAGAGAGGGCGUCGUGGAGCCCUCUUGAUCGACACUUGGACUUUCUUGGCCGGUGGUAUCCUCCAAACGUUCGCCUGGGACAUGUAUACAAUUAUCAUUGCACGUUUUGUCAUCGGUUUUGCGUCGGGAUAUUCAUCAGUCUUGGUUCCAGUCUAUCUUGGUGAACUGGCUCCUCCUACAUUGCGUGGUAUGCUUGGUACAUUGACACAAUUCGCCUUGGUCACGGGUAUUCUCGUGGCCGAUUUAUUGGCCUUUCCUUUUGCCACGGAGAGGGGGUGGCGCGUCUUGUUUGCGGUGACAGUUGUGGUUGCCGGUGUUCAACUGAUUUGUGCUCCAUUCCUUUUGGAAAGUCCUCGUUGGUUACUUGGACGGGACCCCAAUUCACUCAAAGCUCGGUACAUCAUCAAGAAACUUCGUGGGUUGCGACAUGAUCACGAGGUGGAAACCGAAGUUGGUUUGUUCGUCAUGGGAGGUGCCGCUCAACGCCAGGAAGAUGCUUCGACAACUGUCGUACUGCGUGAAAUGUGGAACCACAGCCGUCUUCGAGUGCUUCUGCUAUCUUCCUUGAUGUUGCAGGCAGCACAGCAGCUCUCGGGUAUCAACGCUGUCUUUUACUAUUCUACCGCCUUCUUUGAUGGAGUCAUCGACAAUCCACUUUUGGGAACCACCAUUGUGGGUGCCGUCAACGUGCUGGCCACCUACGCAGCCUUGUUGUUGAUGGACCGCGUUGGACGCAAGACACUGAUCCUUUGGUCUUCCGGUGGCAUGUUGCUCGCUUGCGUAGUCAUUGUACUGUCGCUGCUGGAUUACUUUGGUCACAUCAUGGCCUUGGUGGCUGUCAACGUGUACGUGUGCUUUUUUGAGAUUGGUCUGGGUCCUAUCCCCUGGUUGAUUGUGGCCGAGAUGUUUGAAGCCAAAUAUGUCGCCGUGGCCAUGUCUGUAUCCAGCCAGUUGAAUUGGGCAUGCAACUUUAUCAUUGGAUUGAUCUUCCCAUACAUGAACAAUUAUUUGGGUCCCUAUUCGUUUGUCCCCUUUGCCGUUGUCUUGUUGAUUACCUUUAUCUUUACGUGGACAGUGCUUCCCGAGACGCAAGGAACGACUCCGGGAGAACUAGCUGCCGAAAUGACGAGACGAAACUCGAUGAGUGUCGUGUACGAAGCCAAUACAGAUAACGCCGGUGCGAUUGAUCUGGAAUGGCGCAAGGCCAUGGAACAGCUACGACAAGAAGAAGAGGCACAGAUGCAAGCAGGGACCUAUGACUAUGGUUUCAAGCCAAUUGAGCAGCAAGCUGCCCCUUCAGUCUAG